GAGGAUGACGCUGUGCUCUUAACUUUUAUGAAGUUGUAUCACGACGUUACGUUUUCGCUGUUGGCAGUGCUCUUUGGUGUGCACCGAAAAACAGUGUCGAACAUCUUUAAAGAGUCUAUUUUGAUACUCGCAAGCAUUCUCGAGCAUGCUGUCUUCUGGCCGGACAAAGACUCCGUGGUUAGCUGCCUAACAACCUAUUUCUGGGAGUACAAGGACACGAGGAUGGUGCUGGACUGCACAGAGAUAGAAAUCGAGAGGCCAAAAGACCUUAUGUCAAGGUUGCUCACAUACAGCCAUUAUAAACGAACGUACACGGCAAAGGUCCUAGUAAGUGAAACACCAGGAGGGCUAAUCAGUUACGUAAGCCCAGCAUAUGGUGAAAAAGCAUCGGACACAUUCAUCACAAAGCAGUCCCAGCUGCUGGACAGGUGUACUCCACAUGUCGACAUUGUGAUGGUGGACAAAGGGUUCCUGAUCAGCGAGCUGUGCAGAGAAAAAAAUGUGCGAAUGAUCAGGCCUCCCUUCCUUAUGGAGAAACAGCUGACGACAGAAGAAGCCAGGUCGAAUCAGUCUAUAGCCUGUGCACGUGUUCAUGUAGAGAGAGCAAUUCAGAGGGUGAAGAUCUACCACAUUCUGAGAAAUCGGUUCGAUCUAGAUCUUGUGCCACACAUAGACAAUAUCUUCACAGUGAUUUCUGGCAUGGUAAACCUUUCGAAGCCUCUGUUUAGCGAGGAUAAAUUCCUCUUCAAGUAG